AUGUCGCACCAGACUGGAAUCCAUGCAUCGGAUGAACUGAAGGACUUCCUGUCCAGGGUGAGGGGAGGGACCAUCAGAAUAGCAAAGAUUGUCAUCAGAGAUGAGGAACUGGUGCUAGGCUCAUACAGAGAACCUGCAAAGAGCUGGGACAAGGACUAUGAUCACUUCCUCCUUCCUCUGCUGGUGGCUCAGGAGCCCUGCUACAUCCUGUACCGCCUUGACUCCCAGAAUGCACAGGGCUAUGAAUGGAUCUUCAUCGCUUGGUCACCUGAUCAAUCACCAGUGAGGGAGAAGAUGGUCUACGCUGCCACCCGUGCCACAUUAAAGAAGGAGUUUGGCGGAGGCCACAUCAAGGAUGAGAUGUUUGGCACAGUUGAGGAAGACCUGUGUUUCCAGGGGUACCUGCGUCACAUGUCCUCCUGCUCCUCCCCUGCACCUCUCACAGUAGCGGAGCAGGAGCUGCAGCGAAUAAAAAUCACAGAGGUAAAGCAAAGGGGAGUGACUGUGACAAUGGAGUUUGGUUUGGACAAAAGGCACCAGACUCUUACAGGCCUGGUGUUCCCUCUACAGGAGGAGGCCAAACGCGCUCUGCAGCAACUCAAGCAGAAACGUAUCAACUACAUACAGCUGAAGUUGGACACAGAGAAAGAGACAGUCGAGCUGGUCCACACUAACCCCACAGAGACUCGUGAGCUUCCCUACAGAAUCCCUACAGACACACCCAGAUACCAUUUCUUCAUCUUCAAACACUCCCACCAAGGACAGCAACAGGAGGCUCUGGUGUUCAUCUACUCCAUGCCAGGGUAUAGCUGUAGCAUUAAGGAGCGGAUGUUGUACUCUAGCUGUAAGAACCCGCUACUGGAUGAGGUGGAGAGAGACUACCAACUAGAUAUCGCCAAAAAGAUUGAGAUUGACGGUGGGGAUGGGCUGACGGAGGAGUUUCUUUAUGAGGAGGUCCAUCCCAUUGAACACACUCUGAAGCAGGUGUUCGCCAAGCCACGUGGGCCAGGGGGGAAGAGGGGCAACAAGCGCCUCGUCAAGGGGGCCGGAGAGAACGGGGAAGAGAGCUAGAGAGUGACAGGAACAGACUCACACCCAAACCU